AUGAUGACUUCGAACUCCACGGCCAAACUGAUACCAUCGAUUAGCGACAUUCUUGCCGACACAGGACAGGACAAGAAAUUGGCAUUUACGAGCAUCCAUCGGCAACAAGAGCCCAUUCAGCAGCACGCCCCUGCAAUGGGCAGCCAUUCCGACUCGAACCCGUCGCGCUAUUUGGCGGGCGCCGCGGUGCACCAGGCAGGCGCCGGGCAUUUUGGCUCUGGCCAUCCGCAGCGCGCUGCGUUUUACAAGUCCAGCGACCCGCCUCGGAAACGCUCCAAGAUAUCUCGUGCCUGCGACGCCUGCCGGAAGAAGAAGGUCAAGUGCAAUGCCGAGUUUUCAACCACGUUGAACAAAGUCACCCAGAUAUGCAACAAUUGCGAGAAAAACUUGGAAGAGUGCACUUUUUCGCGAACUCCUCUCAAACGCGGCCCGUCGAAAGGGUACAUCAAGGACUUGGAGGACCGCGUGGAGUUUUCUGGUGACCCGGGGCUCGCUCGCAAGCACCAGCACCCCGCGGCGGCGGCGACAGCCAACGGUGACGGCAUGCUGACCUUCCACUCCUCGGGCCAGCACAGUCUCCCAGGCGUCCAAGGCAGACUACACAAUGCUGCUCCAGCACACGCGAAAGUCGAGGAAAACCAUACAAAUGGGGCUCUGAACUUUUCCCCAGAAACCCACAUGAGACCUCAUUCGCAGUCACUAUCGGCCCUCGGAGGAUCAAUUAAGCUACCUCCAUUGCUAAACUACAAUUCGAAACCACUAACCGCCGCCAUCCAGGGCCUCAAUGCCGGGCCUUUACCGCAAUCAAACCCAUCGAGCCCGAGUCCGCAAGCGCAAGCGCAAACGCAAACGCAAACGCAAACGCAAUCGCAAACGCAAGUUUCAGCCGUGCAACAGAGUCAAGCGGACUUGAACAAAACAAGCCCUCCAAUACAAGGCCCUUUCUGGAAAGUUCCUUACGAAAUGCCGCCAUCCACGGCCUCGCACCGCUCAUCCAUCGCCAGUCUAUCGCACCCGGGACAAAUGCAAGGCAGAAGAAGAUCAUCGCUCGACUCUGUCUCUUCCACUUCAACCACAAACAGCCGGAUCAUCCCCAUCAUUCGGCCCCCGAGCUCAACCAGUAUCAUGAGCGAUUCGGAAUCGGAGGACUUUCACUCGCUUAGAUCGGCCUCGUCGCUGGCGCGGCCCCAGCUCACCAGAAAUAACAGCCAGUCUCUUUCGCCGAGAAACUCGGUAACUUCGUUGUCGAGUCUCAAUGGAAGAAUGAACAAGACGUUGGUGCUCCCGCCACACUCGCCAGUCUCGUCUUCAAUAACGGUGGCAGCGGCGGCGGCGGCGGCGGCGGCAUCGGCAUCGCCCUACAACCCCAGCACUCACCAGUUUUUGAGCACGCCGCAAAUAUCGCAAAUAAACCCACACCAGUCCCUGCGGUCACCGAUGGAAUUGCUCAAGUUGGACUUGGAAAUAUACGAAAAAAUAAUUGCAUCGAGCUACCCCGUGCUCCAAGCUCCGCUGGAGGAGCUAGUCAAUAUGAUCCAGUCUAGUGGCAAGGAAACUCCAGCGGAAAGCGUCGUUGAGUGUUUCCACUUGGCUGUCAACGACCUAAUAAAUUUCAAAACCAACGAUGAACAUAUCUCAGUGUCGAUUUUUGCCAGAUUGCAACUGAUUGAGUCAUUUGCAAAAGUAAACCCAUAUUCACGUUUUAUAUACGUGUCCUCCUUGCUUUUGGUGAACUACAGUCUACUUUUAAAAGGCCAUCGGCACUCAUCUUUUCUUGCAUACGCAGCAGCUUUUUUAAACGACAUGUCUGCAUUGAGCUCCUAUGUGCGGCGACGAGCGUCCCGUCACAAAGUGGACAAACUGGAAAAACUGAACAGAAUGUGCUUGGGCUUGGCCAGGCUGUAUCUCAUUUUGGACACAAUCGACAGCAUUACAAGUCUAUCAUCGGGGGUCGAAAAAGUCGUCUCCACCGCGAUAAUCAACUUGCUUCCUGCCAGCGACGAGGUUUUAGAUUGCGUGGUGUUGAGCAACCACUAUCAAUUUCAAAAGCUCAUCUCGUGGAAGCUGAGUCUCGUGACGCUGACCAACGUGAAUGAACCCGUUGCCAGUGCAAACGAAGAUACAUUCUACUCGCACUUUAAUCAACUUUACAUGCAAAAAUUUCAGGUCUAUCGACUACUCUUUAACGACAAACCUUUGUCGGACUUAUCGGAGAUCCAACGAAUCAUUGAUUUGAUGGCCGCAACAGUCGUGUCAUUCGCCAACUACUUGUGCACCACGACAGCGUCAAACAAGAACGUGGUGCACCCCUGUUUGAACGCCGCGUUGAAGCAGCUUUUCUUUGCCAUCAAGUUCAUCAAACGGAUCAUCGAUCACUUGGCACCAACAAAGGCGGUCUCGAGCAUCAACCACAACUUGUCGAUUUCGUUCAAUUUGCUCAACUUGAAUCUACACCAUUUGCAGAUUAGCGAACACCAGUUUCGACACAUUAAAGAAAUGCUCUCCACCGAAAAACUCGACUUUUCAGCCACGGGAGGAGAAACUGCCGCGGAGGCGGAUGGGAAAUGGCUCGACGAGAUCAUUGCUACGGCUCGCGCUGACUUGAUUGGACAUUCCUCUUACGUAUAA